GAUUUACUCUAAGUUACAGCUGAAUACAAUUCACUGUAAUCUCUCAAGAACCCUAGAAUUCUUUUUCUAAUUGUGAUCCGUCAGCAGCAAUGCUUGAUCUUUAAAGAUACUGGAAUUUGAAGAUCGAAUUAGGGUUCUGAUCUAUUUGGAAUCACUUUGAUUUGUUUUGGCUUUAUUCAGCAGCUCGAUCUUGUGCUGAAGCUAUGGCGCAGAGUAAUUGGGAAGCUGACAAGAUGCUUGAUGUUUACAUAUAUGAUUAUUUGGUGAAGAAGAAACUUCAUAAUACUGCUAAGUCCUUUAUGACUGAAGGGAAGGUUUCACCUGAUCCAGUUGCAAUUGAUGCACCUGGAGGGUUUCUUUUUGAGUGGUGGUCUGUGUUUUGGGACAUUUUCAUUGCAAGGACGAAUGAGAAGCAUUCAGAGGCUGCUGCAGCUUAUAUAGAGGCACAACAAGGUAAAGCCAAGGAGCAGCAAAUGCAAAUACAGCAACUGCAGAUGAUGCGCCAAGCUCAAAUGCAGCGUAGGGACCCUAAUCAUCCUUCUCUUGGUGGUCCAAUGAAUGCUAUUGGUGGUUCUGAAGGGAUGAUUGGCCAGUCCAAUGCUAGUGCUUUGGCUGCUAAAAUGUACGAGGAACGUAUGAAGCAGCCAAAUCCUAUGAAUCCUGAGACAUCCCAACCUCAUCUGGAUGCAAGGAUGGCCCUUCUUAAAUCAGCAACAAACCAUCAUGGUCAGAUUGUCCAGGGAAACCAUCAAGGAGGUGUUUCGGCAGCGCUGCAGCAAAUUCAAUCACGAACUCAGCAGCCCACUGAAAUCAAAACUGAAGUUAAUAUGGGUACAUCUCCAAGACAACUGCCAGUGGAUCCUUCUACAGUUUAUGGCCAGGGAAUUCUGCAAUCAAAGCCUGGGAUGGGGGGUGCAGGAUUAAACCCUGGAGUGAGUGGUCUUCCUCUAAAGGGAUGGCCAUUAACUGGCAUUGAGCAAAUCCGACCAGGUUUAGGAGGCCCUCAGGUUCAAGCGCAAGGAAAUAUGACUAAUUCACCCAUGUAUGGUGGUGACAUGGACCCUCGAAGAUUUACAGGAUUACCUAGAGGAAACCUUAAUCCGAAAGAUGGCCAACAAAAUGCAAAUGAUGGAUCUAUAGGGUCCCCAAUGCAGUCAAGUUCGUCAAAGCAUAUCAGCAUGCCGCCAGUACAGCAAUCUUCUUCUCAGCAACAAGAUAACUUACUAUCCCAGCAAUCACAACAGAACAACCGCAAAAGAAAAGGGCCUUCCUCUUCUGGUCCUGCUAACAGUACAGGGACGGGAAACACUGUUGGCCCAUCCAACUCACAGCCAUCGACUCCAUCAACACAUACCCCUGUUGAUGGAGUUGCUAUAGCUGGUAACAUGCACCAUGUGAAUAGCAUGCCAAAAGGACCAAUGAUGUAUGGUUCUGAUGGGAUCGGUGGUCUUGCAUCAUCAGCAAAUCAACUGCUGCAGGAUGACAUGGAACGGUUUGGAGAUGUGGGAGCCCUAGAAGAUAAUGUAGAAUCAUUUUUGUCCCAAGAUGAUGGAGAUGGAGGAAGCUUGUUUGGCACCCUAAAGCGGAACCCUUCUGAGCAUACCGAAACCUCAAAGGCUUUCAGUUUCAAUGAGGUUAGUUCUAUAAGAAAAAGUGCGAGUAAGGUCAUUUGCUGUAACUUCUCAUCUGAUGGGAAGUUGUUGGCUAGCGCUGGACAUGAUAAGAAGGUUUUUAUAUGGAACAUGGAAACACUACAAGUUGAGAGCACUCCGGAAGAACAUGCUCAUAUCAUCACAGAUGUUCGCUUCAGACCUAAUUCAACCCAACUGGCAACGUCAUCAUUCGACAAAACGAUCAAAAUCUGGGAUGCUUCUGAUCCUGGUUACUUCCUACGAACAAUUACUGGUCAUUCUGCACCUGUUAUGUCCCUUGAUUUUCAUCCUAAGAAAACCGAGCUUUUAUGCUCUUGUGAUAGCAACAAUGAUAUUCGCUUUUGGGACAUAAACGCUUCUUGCGUUCGUGCUGUAAAGGGGGCUAGCACGCAAGUACGGUUCCAGCCAAGAACAGGACAGUUGUUAGCUGCAGCGUCGGAAAACACUGUGUCAAUUUUUGAUAUUGAAAAUAAUAACAAACGGGUCCACAUUUUUAAGGGACAUUCCUCAAAUGUACAUUCUGUUUGUUGGAGCCCAAACGGAGAGUUGGUAGCUUCUGUUAGUGAAGACGCUGUAAAUUUAUGGUCACUGAGUUCAGGAGAGUGCGUCCACGAGCUUAGCAACAGUGGAAACAAGUUCCACUCUUGUGUUUUCCACCCUAGCUAUCCCGAUCUCUUGGUCAUCGGUGGCUACCAGUCAAUAGAGCUGUGGAACACAAUGGAGAACAAAUGUAUGACGAUAGCGGGUCACGAGUGUGUGAUCUCUGCCUUGGCUCAGUCGCCUUCUACAGGAGUGGUAGCAUCUGCAAGUCAUGACAAAUCCCGUCGGAAAAUGGGGAAAUACAUAAGAAAGAGCAAAAUCGAUGGAGGUGGUGAAUCCUCUAUAGCUUUAAUGGAUGUUGUUUCACCUUCUUCUUCUUCUUCACUUGGUGUUUUAACUCGAGCUAAAUCUCUAGCUCUCCAACAACAACAACAACGCCGUCUUCUUCAAAAACCCUCUUCUUCUUCGUUACCACCGACUUCUCCUUCUCCUAAUCCACCGUCGAAACAGAAGAAUAAGAAGAAGCAGCAGAUGAACGAUUGUGGUUCGUAUCUUCAGCUGCGGAGUCGUCGUCUUCAGAAGAAACCUCCAAUUGUUGUGAUUCGUUCUACUAAACGGAGGAAUCAGCAACAAAGGAAAGAGACAUGCGGGAGAAACCCUAACCCUAGUUCUAAUUUGGAUUCGAUUCGUGGGUCGAUUUGUGGUGAUGGGUCUAGGUCUGAUUCGGUUUCUGAGAGUGUUGUCUUUGGUAAAGAUAAGGAAUUGGUUUGUGAAAUCAACAAAGAUCCUUCCUUUGGGCAAAAUUUCUUCGAGCUUGAAGAAGAAGAACCCACUCAAAGGACCACAAGGGAAUCCACACCAUGCAGUUUGAUAAGAAGGCCUGAAAUCAUCACAACCCCGGGAUCGUCUACAAAGCUUAACAUUUGUGUAAGUGAAAGCAACCAGAGAGAAGAGAGUUUGUCUCGCAGCCAUCGUCGCCUACCAACUACACCUGAAAUGGACGAGUUUUUCUCGGGUGCUGAAGAAGAACAACAGAAACAAUUCAUUGAGAAGUACAACUUUGAUCCUGUGAACGAACAACCACUACCAGGACGGUUUGAAUGGACGAAGGUAGAUGAUUAGAAACAACAAAAAUGGGGGGUUAAUAGUUAAUACAGAAUAUAUUAACAUUUUCCUG